AGCAAUAUUUAUGUUUUGGUUUGCUUGUUUCUUCGAUUUCCUCGUGUUCAAUUCUUUACGCAAGUAAAAUUAUAGUGAAGCAAGCUAUAUUUUUCAAUUUGAUAUGAAAAUAGUAAAAAAAAAAAUAGGACACUGAACAAAACCAGCACUAAAUAGCUACAAAUACAAAGGUUCACAUACGUGUAAAUGUUAAAUUUUGCUCGGCGUGCCGUACUUCUUGUGAGGUCUACUAGUUCUGCGGGUAGAAUAAAUCAGAACCGCUGCCUAUCCGUUCCCAGUCCACGAGCCGUAACGUUUCUCGCCCAAAUGGCUGAAGCUGUAGAACAAAAAAUAUCCGAAAACAAGGAGCGGGGAGAAGAGCGACAUCGUCAAAAGAGACAGCAAUAUGAAGCACCAAAAAGUCGCUACAAUGGAAUCGUAAAAAAACGCAAAUGGGAGGAUCCACCGUCAGAUCCGGAAGCUGUGAAAGAUUUCGAUCCCUCUACGCGCGUUAAGAAACGCAAAUGUAUCAUUCUACUCGGUUACUCUGGAGUAGACUAUCUGGGUAUGCAGCGAAAUCCCGGAACUAAAACCAUCGAGGAGGACCUACUGACUACAAUGCUGAAGCACGGUUGGAUAAGCGAUGAAGCCUUCAAGCAGCCUCAGCAGAUUCAAUUCCAGCGUGCAGCUCGAACGGACAAAGGUGUAUCGGCGGCAACACAGGUGGUUUCGCUUAAGUUACCGGAGAAGUUGGAUUUAGAUGCACUGAACGCUGAUCUGCCACAGCAGAUUCGGGUCUUCGCAGUGAAACGUGUUACCAAGGGUUUUAAUUCUAAGUCGAAUUGUGAUGCUCGUACAUACACGUAUACACUGCCAACGAUUGCGUUUGCUUUAAACGACGAAAAAGUUGAUAUCGAAACGUAUAGACUGACCGAGGAACGACUGCGAACUGUUAACGAGACAUUAAAACUGUUUGAAGGUACGAAAAACUUUCAUAACUUUACGAGUCGUAAAGAGUUUAUCGAUCCGUCGGCCAAACGAUUUAUCAUGUCGUUUGAAUGUGAGGCACCAUUCGUUCCGAACGAAACAACUGUAGAGUUUGCCACCAUAAAAAUAAAAGGACAAAGUUUUAUGCUACAUCAGAUUCGAAAGAUGGUCGGUCUCACGUUGGCCGUCGUUCGCGGUUUAACUCCAUCCGAGACGAUCGUUAAGGCUUUCGAAGAGGUUCGAUACGGUGUUCCCACGGCACCUGGCUUAGGUCUGGUGUUAAGUCGAAUCCACUACGAGAAGUAUAACGCUCGAUACGGUCAGGACGGAUGCCAUGAAGUGUUGGAUUUUCAUAAAGAAGACGAACAAAUUCAGGAGUUUUUCAAAAAACAUAUUGCUUCCACGAUCGUCAAGACGGAGUUGACAAGUAACUCUAUGGUGGAGUGGUUGGAAACGUUACCACUGCACAGCUACGAGCCCCGUAAUGAAAAUGAACCACGCGAAUAUAAUGGUAAGCAAAAAUCAGAUGAAGAUGCUGACGAGGAUGAGUGAUUCUCGUGUUUCCCAUAAACAGUAAUCGAUAGUCUAAAAGU